AUGUUAAGGUGGUCUAUAAUGCAGUCAACAAGCCCAAGUGUUUUUGUAAAUAGCAGCCGAGAAGGAAUUUCUCGUGUGAGGGCUGGAAACUAUGCCUAUUUAAUGGAAAGCACUAUGCUUGAAUAUUGGAUUGGCGAAGAUUGUCAGCUUCAGACAAUAGGAGGUCUUCUUGACUCGAAGGGGUAUGGAAUUGCUCUUCCUAAAGGCUCACCAUUACGUGAUAUAUUUUCUCAGGCAAUUAGCUUUAUAAAAUUUUGA